UCCCGGCGGCCGCGGUGGCUGGGCUGGAGAGGGCGGCGGUGGCCAGCGCGGCAGAGGGCCGGCCCGGGGCGCGGAGCCGCGGAGGGGUCACAGCUAAGGGACUCCCUGAGAUCGUGUCUCCGGCCUUUCACUGGAGGGGAAGACACCGGAAGGCCGACCGACCACCAUGUCAACAUUCAGGCAGGAAGAUGUGGAGGACUACUAUGAGAUGGGGGAGGAGCUGGGCAGCGGCCAGUUUGCCAUUGUGCGGAAAUGCCGGCAGAAGGGCACCGGGAAGGAGUACGCGGCCAAGUUCAUCAAGAAGCGUCGCCUGUCGUCCAGCCGGCGGGGGGUCAGCCGGGAGGAGAUCGAGCGGGAGGUGAACAUCCUGCGGGAGAUCCGGCACCCCAACAUCAUCACGCUGCACGACAUCUUCGAGAACAAGACGGACGUGGUGCUCAUCCUGGAGCUGGUCUCAGGCGGGGAGCUCUUCGACUUCCUGGCGGAGAAGGAGUCGCUGACGGAGGACGAGGCCACCCAGUUCCUCAAGCAGAUCCUGGACGGCGUCCACUACCUGCACUCGAAGCGCAUCGCCCACUUCGACCUCAAGCCGGAGAAUAUCAUGCUGCUGGACAAGAACGUGCCCAACCCACGCAUCAAGCUCAUCGACUUCGGCAUCGCCCACAAGAUCGAGGCGGGGAACGAGUUCAAGAACAUCUUCGGCACCCCCGAGUUCGUGGCUCCCGAGAUCGUCAACUACGAGCCCCUGGGUCUGGAGGCAGACAUGUGGAGCAUCGGUGUCAUCACCUACAUCCUUCUGAGCGGCGCCUCCCCGUUCCUGGGCGAGACGAAGCAGGAGACCCUGACCAACAUCUCGGCCGUGAACUACGACUUCGACGAGGAGUACUUCAGCAACACCAGUGAGCUGGCCAAGGACUUCAUCCGCCGGCUGCUUGUCAAAGACCCCAAGAGAAGAAUGACCAUCGCCCAGAGCCUGGAGCAUUCCUGGAUCAAGGCGAUCCGGCGGCGGAACGUGCGGCGGGAGGACGGCGGCCGGAAGCCGGAGCGGCGGCGCCUGAAGACGGCGCGCCUCAAGGAGUACACCAUCAAGUCGCACUCGAGCAUGCCCCCCAACAACACGUACGUCAGCUUCGAGCGCUUCUCCAAGGUGCUGGAGGAGGUGGCCGCGGCGGAGGAGGGCCUGCGCGGCCUGGAGCACAGCCGGCGCCUGUUCCACGAGGACAUCGAGGCGCUGACGGCCAUCUACGAGGAGAAGGAGGCCUGGUACCGGGAGGAGAACGAGAGCAUCGGCCAGGACCUGCGGCGGCUGCGGCAGGAGCUGCACAAGACCGAGGCGCUGCGGCGGCAGGCCCAGGAGGAGGCCAAGGGCGCCCUGCUGGGGGCCAGCGGGCUCAAGCGCCGCUUCAGCCGCCUGGAGAACCGCUACGAGGCCCUGGCCAAGCAGGUGGCCUCCGAGAUGCGCUUCGUGCAGGACCUGGUGUGCGCCAUGGGGCAGGAGAAGCUGCAGGCCGGGGGGUGCGGCCUCCGCUAGGGCCUGGCGGGCGGG